CCACAGCCAAGAUGCCUUCCCUCAGUCAAAGCUUAGCCCUGGGGUACGUCAUCGUACUUCAGGUGCUCUACCUCUCCUUCGGCACCGGAGGAGGAAUCAUCAUCGACCUCGUUCUGGCCGCUUUUAUAGCAGUCCCCGUCACUGCCCCCAUCUGGCUCAUUGCCUCCGCCGUCAGCCCUCGCAUCAGCGAGGCCGUCCUGCCCGGUCGUCCUAUCGAAUACUACAUGACCUACAAGCAUCCGGCAAAUUUCAAGUACCGCGGCAAGAGAAAGAUCCCGAUGGCAACUUUUUGCCAGACCUACCUCGAUGGAGACGUUAAGAUGGACGGAGACACCCUGGCUAUCCUCGAGAAGAGACAUGACUGGGCUUCUUUCCGUCUGACCUUCGGUUUCAUUUACUUCGCUCUCUUCAAGCUCAUCCCAAAGGUUGUUAAGGAUCUCUACUUUCAUGAUGACGGAUACAUCCACCCAGCCCACGAGAGACUCGAUCUAGGCAUACUCCGCGGCUUCCUGGGACCCCGGAUGAUGUACACUUCCGGUCUCGUCCGCGACACCAACCAGCAAGAAUCUCUCGAAGAGCCCGAGAACAACAAGCUCGGCGUCAUCUGCGAAAAGAUUCACCUCAACCCGUACGACAGAGUCCUCAGCAUCGGCUACGGCUGGGAAGCGUUCGCCAACUACGCUCGUCGUAUCUUCCUGCACGUCCCGUUCACUGGUCUCAACCAAACCGGCGAGUACACCAAUAUCCCUCACAUCAGAGGCGGCUACAAGAAGAUUGUUUGUACGCAUUUGGCCGAGCACAAGGGCCCCGGCAACUUCAUGGCUCUGCACAUGGGUCCCUGCGAGUAUGCAGACUUCUUCCAGCACAUUCACGGCCUGCUCGCCGAUAACGGCAUCUUCUUCCUCGAGGUCUCGGGCGCGAAUGAGUCCUGGCAGUACGAGGAUCUCGUUUGGAGACUCCUGAUGGCCAAGUACGUCUGCCUCGACGCCGUUCCCUAUGCCUCGCUCGCAUCCUUGAUCCAACGGCUCGAUAGCGCCGGUUUGAGAGUCAAUCGUAUGGAAAACGUCGGUCGCCACUACUCUGAGACGGUCCGGAAGUGGUACGGUAACUUUGUGCGAAACCGGGAGGCUCUGGUGGCCAUGUAUGGCUCCAAGAUCUACCGGACGUUCGAGUUCUUUCUGGCUUACAUGGUCAUCAUCUUCGGCCAAGGCAGCGCCAACACUUACCAGAUUGUCGUAACCAAGAAUCCCAGUUCUGUCAACCGAACCGAGUCUGAGCUUGAAGUUGAAGAGUCAUAUCGGGAUCUCUGCGAGUAGUUCCUUGUAUGUCUCUUUCUUCGAUUCAAAUUCAAUGGAUCUAUUCAUCUCUCAGGGUUUUGCGCAUUUUAUAAGGAAGCGGUAUUAUGGGAUGGGUUAUGGCUGGAAUCGGGUCAAAUGGCGAGGACGCAGUGUCACAAUGGAGACCUAGAAUCACCAUGGUCAAUAGCAUAGAAGUAGCAAGAACUAGAGUUCCUUGAUCUUCUCCCAUG